GAGCGCCUGGGCGGGGACGAAGCACUGCAUGAGAGAGAAGCGGAGCGGAUGCUCACAGAUGUGCAGGAGCUCUCAGCAAAGCGCCAUCUUCUGCAAGGUCGUCUUGGCCAGGGUCGGCAGACGAUGUACUGGGAAGCGGCACCGUUCCUAGCAGUGGAGGACGGCAAGCUGCUGCGCCAGCGGGAGGAGCUGCAGAAGUAUCGCAAGAACAUCCAGAGGCUGCAAGAGCAACUGCGCUACCAAGAGUCCCAGGACCACGCCAAGAGAAAUGCUGCUGCCGCCGCUGUGACCAGCGAACAGCAAGCACACGAGUCUGAGAAGCGGCGCCGAGAGCACAGUUUACAUGAGCUGCUGAAGCUGCAACAGAAAAAUUCUGCAAAAGCAGAGACC